UGGGUUACCCUUUAAAUAAAGCCAGACAUCGCACUAUCACUAGCAGUUGAAGAUGACGCCUUUGCUGGUAACGUUCCUAGCCUGUUUGGUUGCUUUGGCCCAAGGUAAACCUGGUUACGGGCCGGGUGAACAGGAUUGGGGCUAUGUGGACGUCCGUCCCGGUGCCCACAUGUUCUACUGGCUCUUCUACACCACCGCCAAUGUAUCCAGCUACACGGAUAGGCCACUGGCCAUUUGGCUACAAGGAGGUCCCGGUGCCUCCUCCACGGGCUAUGGAAACUUUGAGGAACUUGGCCCGGUUGAUUUGUACGGCGAUUGGCGCAGCUGGACGUGGGUAAAGGACAUGAACGUCUUGUUUAUUGACAACCCCGUGGGCAGUGGCUACAGCUACGUGGAUAAUACGGCGUAUUACACGGCCACUAAUAACGAAAUUGCCCUCGAUCUGGUGGAACUGAUGAAGGGUUUCUAUAAGCUCCACCCGGAGUUUGAGAAAGUACCACUUCACAUCUUCUGCGAGAGCUAUGGUGGCAAGAUGGCUCCGGAAUUCGCCCUGGAACUUUACUAUGCCAAGGAGCGUGGAGAAAUAAAUAGCAACCUUACCUCAGUGGCGUUGGGCGAUCCUUGGACCUCUCCCAUCGACUCUGUUCUGGCCUGGGGACCACUGUUAAAGGAGCUCGGAAUAGUGGAUCACGAUGGGUACAAUGCCAUCCAGGAAGCUGCCAAUUUGACGGCUCAGCUUGUUGAGGAAGAGCGAUGGAUUCAGGCCACCUAUCAAUGGGGUAACACUCAGUGGGAGGUGAUGAAAGCCUCCAAGGGUGUGGAUUUCUACAAUGUAUUGAAGGUGACGGAGGGAGGUCGCUACCAGAGGCAUCAACGUAUGAGUCCUGAGGAACGACUUUACAACACGAUGGUUAAGUUCGAUUUGGAUGAGGAUCGUACGCAAUUACUGGAGGAUUUGAUGCGCGGACCCGUUGCCGAGACCCUGGGAAUCCCCUCCAAUGUGGUCUGGGGAUCGCAGAGUGGUAGCGUUUUUGACAUCCAUCGAACUGACUUCAUGAAACCUGUCAUCCACAUAGUCAAUGAACUACUGGAAAAGACACCCCUUAAGGUAGGUGUGUUCUCGGGUGGUCUGGACUUGAUCUGUGCUACUCCUGGUACCGUGAACUGGAUCGCCAAGCUGGAUUGGAGCAGGAGAAGCGAGUAUCUGGAAGCUCCUCGAAACGCCAUCUCUGUGGAUCGCAUUUUGGAGGGUUAUCAGAAGUCUGGGGGUAACUUCACCAUGUUCUGGAUUAACCGAAGUGGACACAUGGCCCCUGCCGAUAAUCCAGCUGCCAUGAGCCAUGUGCUCCGACAGUUUACAAACUUUGGAUAGAAAAUUUUAUUCACUUAGCAAUGAUGUAAUAAAAAA